AUGGUAGGCCAAAUCUCUGCAACAACGGUUACGACUGUGGCGACAUUGUUAGAGCAGCCUUUGUCUCUAGUAGUCGACAGCAAGGAUGACACAGCUGGUGACUACUCUCCCAACCAUCACCAUCGGAACAAGAGACGUCGCAGCGAUGAAACAAGCACCCGAUUAGGCACCAGCGACCCCAGCAGGGUGACCGUGCCCUUGAAUCAAAGCACUAGCACCAUGGCCCUGCCUAUACCGCCUACCACAACCCAAAACCUGAUCAACAAUGAAUUCGGCGUGUCCAAGACGAGAGUCUGGAUGAAGGUACUGGAUCCUGCAUCACAGAAGCUGCUCGCCCGGGUGCCGGAGUCAACUCCAGCAGAGAUCCAAAAAGCCGUGACGGUGGCGGAAGCGGCGCAGUCAGCGUGGGCAUCGUUGCCUAUAGCGAAACGGAAAGCCAUGCUUUUUUCCCUGCUGCAUGUUUUGCAGCAGCACACUGUCGACUUUCAACAGUCACUACAGCUCGAGGUGGGCAAGACACUGCAGGAUGCCGAGUCCGAAUUCGAGAGAGGAAUUGAUGCUAUCCACACUGCGUGCUCAGCCACGGCCGAGAUGAAUGGCAAACACUGGACCACCAAUUCGACAGAGACCUACACGAUCCACCAGCCCGUCGGGGUCUGCGUGGUCAUCACUCCCUUUAAUUUCCCUUUUAUGAUCCCUCUGUGGUCGAUCCCCUACGCGGUCAUCACCGGCAACACAGUGGUCUUGAAACCUUCCGAAAAGGCCCCUUCGACUGCUAACCUUCUAGGGAGAUGCUUCGUGCAGGCGGGGUUUCCCCCUGGGGUGGUAAAUAUCAUUCACGGAUCAUCGGGGGCCGUGGACAAGUUGCUCUCGCAGCCUGUCGUCAGCGCGGUGUCCUUUGUGGGUUCCGAGCUCGCUGGAGAACGAGUCUACGAGCAUGCCAAAGCCACCAGAAAGAGAAUACAAGUCGAAGUCAGUGGGAAAAACCACGGGAUCGUUCUGGAGGAUGCGCCAAAGACACAGACUCUCUAUGCCAUUGCCGGAAGCGCAUUUGGGGCCGCGGGCCAGAGGUGUAUGGCGCUGAGUGUCAUGCUCUGCGUUGGGUCGACCAAGGCAUGGAUCGACGAUCUUGCCCAGCUGGCCGGGUCGCUCAAAGUCGGCUGCGGUUCUGAUCCUGGCACCGAAGUCGGUCCCUUGAUCACGGCCGCUGCAAAAGAGAGAGUGGAAGACAUGAUCGACCUUGCCGAAGCCGAAGGCGCCCAUGUCGUGCUGGACGGACGAAACUAUUGCGUGCCCGAAUACCCCGAGGGGAACUUUGUCGGGCCAACCAUCAUCACCAAAGUGCAGACGUCUAUGCAGUGCUACCAGGACGAGAUCUUUGGGCCUGUCCUCGUGUGCAUCGAGGUGGACACCCUGGACGAGGCCAUCGAGAUAGCAAACGAGAACAGGUACGGCAACGGAUGCUCACUGUUUACGACCGAUCCUGUCCAGGCUCAGACCUUCCAGCGCAAAAUAAACAUAGGCCAGAUUGGAAUUAAUGUUCCGGUCCUGGCGGCCUCGGGUCCUGUUGCAAGAACAGCAAACAAAGACUCAUUCCUGGGAGACAAUGUAUGUGGACGGAGCCCUUGGCAGUUCUUCACAAUGCCCAAAACUGUCACAGCGCUGUGGCGGUGA